AUGGCCAUUGGCAAUAUUACGGGUGAAUGCCCACUCUACAAUUCGACAUUCAGUCUUUUUCGCCUCUCUCCUCUCUACAUUGGUGACACGACUGUCCACGAGAAACGCCAUCUUCGCAUUCAUGCACGGCGACUCCUAGAUAUCCUUUCGGGUGAGGCAUCGCACAAUUUAAAUUUAGGGCCAAUGAUAGGAAAUGAUUUUACGACAAGGAUCGGUGCCCUGCAGGGAGUGACGUGGAAUACCGUCAGUGAGAUUGAUUUUUACGGUGCUGAGGUGGAGUCGGCUCCAGCGACUCAUAGGGAUAGCCCAGCUUUGACAAAUACAAGUAUUGGAAUGAUCAUCACCUUUUCUUAUGAGAAAGCAGAAUAUCAAGCCAUACUCCUAGGAAACGAAGGAGAGAGUAGGAAAAAUGGCUUUUGUCACUUUCCCCUCUUGUUGUUAAAGAUGCCUGGAUCAUUGAGGCAAAUCUUCACUGAAUUUUUGGCAACAACAUUUGACGCCAGAACUUCAUGUCUUCUUUUAUCAAGUCGACAACUGAUAAAUCGUUGCGAGAAGUAUCUCUCAAAUAUAUCUCUAGAUAGUAUUGACGAACCACUUGAUACAGCAGAAAGGAGUGAAGCUUUAAGAGACAUCAUCAAAGAAGUCGCCAUUGUGAUAGGUUUCGUUCUCCCAGAAAGAUUGACAACCUUAAAAACUAUUAGCUUUCAAAUCGCGAGGGAAGAUGUUUCUAGAAUGAUCAGCAUGAAAAGUAAGCCUGGUGAUGCACCAUUUUUUGAAGCGCUUGCGGAUCACCUAAAAGCACACAUGGCUCUUAAUUUAUGGGAUGAAAAAGUUAAGAUUGUGAAAAUUGCCUGUGGCGCAUUUGUGCUCAGCGAUGAGGGAAGAGUCAAGGUGACUCGACCUCUUGGAGCUACUGUGGAUACUUUGCAGAUACGAGCCAAUAAAGUACUCAUUAAUGGGUUAAUGGAGAUCGCUACAGGAGGAAUACUUCAUCGCCAGAAAUCCAAAGGUUCCUGA